AAAAUAAAUGAGGUUAUGUGAUGGGAAAACGAUGUGUUUCUUUUUUCAAUUAUAGGCAUUUGGGAAAUCAAUAAUCUAUUACUCAAUGUACAAUUCACAUUUUACAUUAUAAUAACAAUUUUCAACGAAUGUUCAAUUCGAUAAAAGUGAUUUAUGCGAUAAUAAAAAAUGUCUGAUAACGAGGAGGAAAACUUCUGUUUUUACGGAAAACCAUUGGAUCCGUAUGAUGAAGAUGCUUUUCCAAAAAAGAGACCCAUUACUGUGGAAGAACAAAUCGCCACAGAUUCUCAAGGAAGGAGAAGAUUCCAUGGAGCCUUCACUGGAGGAUUUUCAGCUGGAUUCUUCAAUACUGUCGGAUCAUUAGAAGGUUGGACCCCCACUGAAUUCAAAAGCAGUCGAAGUGAAAAACAAAAACAUGUAGUUCAAAAUGCUGAAGAUUUUAUGGAUGAUGAGGAUAUGGGUGAAUUUGGAUUUGCGCCGCAAUCUAUUCGUGCUACAAAAGAUUAUGACACUAGCAAAAAAAGAAAACGAAAGGUAUUUUCCCAUGGACCAAUUCCUGGAGAACCAGUUCUACAUACAUUGCUCACUGCUGGGAAUGAGACAGUUGGUUAUCUGCUCUUGAAAAACAUUGGAAUUAAGGAAAAAAUAAAAAAUAGAAAUGAAGAAUUUUCUUCUAGUAAUAGAACUUAUGGUUGCGAAAUGCCAAAUACAUCAUCUUUAUCUGAAACAUUGGAAACUAAAGAUUAUGAAUUACCAGAUUUUUAUAAAAAAUUCUUAUUGAAUCCGAAAAAUGAUACAUUCAGUUUAGGUUAUGUGGGUUUAGAUAAAAGUCAUGUAAAUUUAUUUAGAAGCUCAGAUUUAAUUUUACAAGAGAAAAAUAAGAAGUUAUCUAUACGUGGCCAAGCUUUUGGUGUUGGUGCAUUUGAAAAUGAUGAUGAUGAUAUUUAUGCAAAAGAAGAUAUGUCCAAUUAUGAUUUUGAGCUCACAAAGGAAAAAGAAAAAAUCAAAAAUAAAUUGAAUGGAUCAUCUGAUAGUAUUUUUAACAUAUUCAUUAAGGCUAGAGUUAAUACAUUUCGAAGAGAAAUCUAUCCUCCUCCAGUUAUUCCAAAGAGUUUUACUGGAAAGUAUAAAGUUAAAAAAUCUAGGUUUGAACCUAUUGCAACUCCUGAAGUAGAAAGCAUCGACAGAAGAAAGAUUGAUUCAACUCAGAGAGCUAAACUACUAGGAGAAGAAAUUAAUGAAAAUGUUACUGCAUCAAAAACUAUUUCUUCAAAUUUUGAAAGUAAUUAUGUUCAUGAAAAAUAUGUCAAAAAAGAGAAAAAUAUAGAGAGUAAUAAUGAUAUUAUGAAAGCUACAACUAGUCAGAUUCCUAAACGUCAAUUUGAUCCAAGUAGUUUAUGGGAUGAUCGCUUUGUGUCUGGUACACAAAAUGAUGAUGCAACAAAUAUCUUAGUUCCUGUUGAAAAAUAUGAGAGUGAUUAUUACUCUAAGGAAAUGAAAGAUGCAGCAAAAAUGAAAAUGUUUGGACCCCUUACUAGAAUUUCAGAAGAUUGGCAGCCAUGUGCAUUAUUGUGUAAAAGAUUCAAUGUUCCAGAGCCGUUUACUGAUAAACCACGUUCAUCCCAAAGUAGAACCAAAAUGAAGAAUCUCAUUUUUGAAUAUCAGAAACAUCACGAAGAAAAUGUUGCAUUCAAAUCAGGUUUAACCCAAGUAAAUCCUGAAAAAGAAUUAAUCACAAUGACUGAAAACCAAGUUGACAGUAAUUCAACACCAGAAGCAAUAGAAGAAACAAAAUGUGAUGGUGAUAUUUCUGAAAUAAAAAUUGAGGACGUUAAGCAAGAAGUCGUAGAAAUCCAGGAAAAUAGUGAAAAAAUAUCUGAAGUAGAAAAUGAAGCAGUCGAAAAAGUGGUAGAUAUUACUGAUAGACUGAACAUUGAAGAUAAAGGGGAUCUAUUCAGGGCCGUCUUUUUGAGUAGUAGUGAUGAAUCAGAAGAUGAGCAAAGUGAAGAUAAAGAUGAAACAUUGGAAAAACAAGAUGAUACACCUGACAUUCGAGAACUCGAAUUGAAGUCAAAUAUUCUUGGUGAAGAUUUGCAAAUUCCGAAAAUUAAACCCAUCAAAGAAGGUAUACUGUCAGGGAUACAGUUCAAAAGUUUGCACACUUUCUCAAAACCAGUUUUUGAGGUCAAGACAUCCAAUAACGAUUUGAAUACACCAGAAUUGUAUGGUCCUAAGCUGCCUGAGAAAAAGCAGAUAAAUAUUUCUUCUACUAUUACUACUACUUCUGAAAUAAGAUCAAAUAAUUAUUCUGACAGCAGUGAUGAUCAAUGGGUAGAAAAAGACCAAGUUGGAAAAUUGAAAAAGAAGAAAGAGAAAAAAAGCAAAUCUUCACAUAAAAAGAAACAUAAGCACAAAAAGAAGAAAAAAUAAUCCAUUUCCGAAUGUAGUAUUAGAUUCAGAGAGAUUCCUGUGGAGGAUAUAUACCUGUAGGCUGUGAUCAAAAUGAUUUGUAAAUAUUUAAAAUUAAACUAAUUUAUGAAAAUAUUAUGUAGAUUGAAAUAAACAUAUAGGCA